CGGUCAGCACGGAUGGGACCGCAAGGGCGCUCGCGCACGUACGUUCUACCUCACCGGCCGCUUCCGUCAACGAAGUCGACACAUAGGCCUGCAGCGUGGGUACAUGCACCUGCGGUCACACGGCGUACGGUCCCAUUAGUCAUCGUACCUCCAAUGCCUUGGGAACUCUCAUGAGACGCUCGGCAGGCGACUCAGCUGCAUCAGCAACGAAGGAGAAAAAGGCCCAGAGCCCGAAGAUGUCUGCCAGGGCUGCGGCGGCUCCGCCACGGACGGCCCGCUGUGCGUCAGGAGAGGUCAGGGUGGCAGCCAGUGUAUCUACGUGGGGGUAGAUGUGCUGUUGCAAAGCGGCCAGAGACGCUGUCCUCAGGGAGACAUUCGGCCUGCACCAACGGGUCGAGGUACAUCUUACGAUAUGCGCAGGGUCUCCGUCUUACGAUCUGUGUGUGUCACGGAGCUGAUGUGCAAGCGGACGAGUCGAUGGAUAACGUCAGCCGGACUUGUCUUCUUGUCCCCCAGCUCAAGCCUGCAGAAAGGAAUGAAUGAAGAAAGGAAUGAGGGACUACCUGCCUGAUUGUGUGCCGUUGCUUACACCAUGUCACGAAUUUCCUGUCUUUCGUGUGUCAUGAUGCGCACAGCCGUCGACAAGAGCGAAACCCACAGGAAGGUCGGCAUGGGAGCUGGUGGGAAUGCGAACCCGGCCUCGCGCGGCGCAUACAUGGCCCCGAUGAAGGUCAACGCACUCGCACCACUGUCGCUGUGCCCAUCCACGAUCCCGUUCACACUGGAGGCGGCCCGUUUCAGAAUCUCGGGGUGGUGCUGCACCAAGAAGUCCCAGUAGUCGGCCGCGUUGCCCUCCCUCCGGCCCCUGGCCAUGGUCCCUUGCAGCAGUGCAAAGGCGACGUUGGCAGUGACCUCUUCGUCCACCUCGCCCAGCACCUUGGCCAGCACGGCGGCGAGCGAGUUGAUGGAUGUCUGAGGCGAAUCGCCGAGAGAUGAGAUGGCCUCCAUGGUGAAGGGGAACACGCUGUGGGUGCAGAGAGGGUUGAGCACGAUUGAAGCCAUCUUCUGGCGUGUCUCGUGGGUCAUGUCGAUGAAGGCACGAUACACUCUCCCGAUCAGCCGCUUGUUGCGCAGCGCCCCGAACAGCUCACGCCGCACCUCUCCCUGCGCUGCAACCAGCCCGGCUGCAACUGACGCGGAGACCACUCUGAGGUCGCUGUCGAACACAUCCUCCGGCAGCUCCUCUGGCGAUGACAAGGCAGCGAUUGACGCAUCAAAGUCAUAAGAGCCCAUCUUCUCAGUCAUGGCUGAUCAGUCACCGCUGGCUGCUAGAAGGCGGCCCGGCACCACGUACAGUGGCCAAGUCGAGCACCCGACGCCCAUGCUGCAACGAUCGGCAGUACAGUCCCAUGCACCGACAUGGACAGAUGGAUGGGAUGGAUGUGUUUUUUGCUUCUCUCACCUUCCAGGCUGCUGAGGUAUGUGCAAUGCAGCCCUCUGCAUAUCAGCGUAAGAGAGGCGCAACACCCAC